CGUUUUAAUAAAUAAAGAGUUGGACGUUAUCGUGAAAAUGUUAUUUGGGUGAAGUCCUCGGGAACUCGCACGGGAAGCCCAAUGAGUGGCACACAGUCAACACUCACUGACAGGACCCCAAGCAUUCUCAACAAGGAGCCCACAGACAAGAAACCUAAGAAUGACAAAUCAUCUGUCCCCCUCAAACACGAAUUUGAUCCUACAGGUCUUGUCCAGCGUUGCGUGAUAAUCCAGAGAGAUGAAAAUGGCUUCGGGCUGACUGUAAGCGGAGACAACCCUGUGUUUGUGCAGCUGGUCAAAGAAGAUGGAGCUGCAAUGCGAGCUGGUGUUCAGACAGGAGAUAGGAUCAUUAAGGUUAACGGGACCUUAGUUACACAUUCAAACCACAUAGAGGUUGUAAAGCUGAUAAAAUCGGGUUCCUAUGUAGCUCUGACAGUGCUGGGGAGGCCUCCGGGGCUUCCUCAGAUCCCCCUGGAGGAGGACGAGGAUGAGAAAGAGGAAGGGGCAGAGGUCAGCCCACCCUCCUCUCUCUCAGUGCCGCACUCACCUCCGCUGCCAGGUGGGGAGAAGUGCAGCCCCCAGGAGCACAUCACCUCCCCUCCGCCUGAUGGGAUGGAGAACAAAACCAGGCACAGCCAAACGAUUGAUAGCUUGCAAAAGAUGAUAACCACACAGCAGCUGGACUUACAGGCAAAGGAGGAGGAGUGCAGCAGAAACCCCCGACCCAAGCUACUGAAGGAGAUCCAGGAGGCAAAGAAGCACAUUUCGCUGCUGCAGGAGCAGCUCAGCAAAGCCACAGCUGUGUUACAGGACGGAGCGGCUGUGUCCGGGACCGUCGAGGCUGAGGAGGGGGACGGCGGGCCUCCCGUCAGGGAGCCGACCUCAUCCUCGCGGGGCGACGGUGGCAGCGACAGACCCUCGACUAACAAUAACUCUAUGCACGGCAGCCCCCUCCCAGAGAGUCCCGGCAAAAGAGAGACGCCCCGUCAGAGCCCGGACAUCAGCCGGCGAGACGGACUCAACUUCUGCCCGCCGCCCGACACCGAGGACAACACUGACACUGACUCCAGUGCCCAGUGUGUUGUGGGUAACCCUCCCUACGUCCUCAACCCCCAGAUUAUCGGAGCGGAGGACGACUACUUUGACUCUCAGCAAGAGCAGAUUAACGGACAGUUCAGCUGUUUCCAGAGCAUAGACUUGCUGAAGUGUCGGCCGGCUCACCUCGCAGUUUUCCUCCAUCAUGUCGUCUCGCAGUUUGACCCUGUGCCUCUGCUGUGUUAUCUCUACGCUGACAUGCACAAGCAGACCAGCUCCAAAGAAAGCCGACGCUUCUUCAUGGAAUUCCACUCACUCUUCAUGGAUCGAACAGCAAAUCUUAAAGUACCAGUGCCGGAGACAGUUUCAUCUGAAUUGGAGAAGCGGAGGCUGGAGUUAAUCCCGGAGGAGCUCUGCAAACAGUACACCCAGAUGUUACAGGACACACUCCUACCAGACCUGCUCAAGAACCUGGAGGACUUCAGACAGAAGCGCAGCAUGGGUCUGACUCUGGCCGAAGACGAGCUGUCUAAGCUGGACGUAGAGCGCGGAAAGGACCAACAGGCCCUGGAGAAGGAAUGCUCCUGCGCUGAACACAUCAUCUCCCGGAUCGAGGAUGUCCUGUUGACGUCACAGCCCUCAGAAGAGGAGAAGGGCCAGACGAUGCAGUACGUGGUUCUCACCUAUAUGAAGCACCUCGGGGUGAAAGUGAAGGAGCCGCGCGGCCUUGAACAUAAACGAGCGCGGAUCAAUUUCCUGCCCAAGAUUAAGAAGAGUAUCAAGCCUGAGAAGGAGGGAGAGGAGAAGGUGAAAAAGCCUCGGUUUCCCAACAUCCUCGGCCCGCCCAGGCGCCUGAGCAGAGUGGAUUCAACUUCAGUCGGAAAGGCCGUGGAUCUCAACAAGCAGCGCUCACCGAAGCAGCUCUCCCAGCCGCCCCUCGGCAUCUCCGAGCAGCCCGACUCCUCCGCCGCGGCUCCCGGACGGAUCCGUGGAUUACAGCCCAGUGAGGGAUCAGACACCGGUCCCCAUGUUUUGCCUUCCACUGCCUCCCCUACACACAGCUCCCCCGUUGGUCAGGCCUCGGAGACCAGCGGACAAGACUCGGACUCCAAUAUGUCUCCAUUUUCCAUCCAGCCCAGACUGGGCGAGAGUCCGCAGUCAGGGGACCAGCAGGAAAGCGUCUUCAGUCCUACCGGCACUCAGUUUGACUUCAGCCCUUCCAACCUGGAGCAGUUACAGGAGGAAGAUCAGGAGGCUUUCAGUAGGAUGGAGGUGCAGUGUUCGGUGAGCUCGGCCGACGUCCAGAGCGAAGACGACCAGGGAGGUGAGGUGGAGUGUGAAGAAGACCCUCUGAACUGGCAGAGCCUGGUCAGUCGAGGCGUCCUGGCGAGCCUGACGCCGCAGGAGAUCAAACGGCAGGAGGUCAUCAACGAGCUGUUCUACACUGAGCGUGCCCACCUGCGGAUGCUGAAGGUGCUGGACUGUGUUUUCUACCAGAGGCUGAACAGAGACGGUAUCCUCCCCCCAGAGGACAUCAGACACAUCUUCAUUAACCUGGAGGAAAUCAUUCAGCUGCAUGUUUCUGUCACAGAGCAAAUGACGGCAAGCAGGAAGAGGAGCGAGACAUCGGUGAUGGGUCAGAUUGGAGAGGAUCUCCUGGCAUGGUUCAGCGGGGAGGAAGAGGAGAAGAUAAAAAGAGCGGUGGGAACUUUCUGUAGUAACCAGCCGUCUGCACUGGAGCUCAUCAAGACCAAGCAGAAGAAAGACCAGAGGUUCAACUUAUUCAUGCAGGAAGCUGAGAGCAACCGUCUGUGUCGCAGGCUGCAGCUCAAAGACAUCAUUCCCGUAGAAAUGCAGAGAUUGACCAAAUACCCGCUCCUGCUGGACAAUAUUGCUAAGUACACAGAGGAUGGUGAGGAGAGGGAAAAGGUGAAGAAGGCCGGCGAAUGUUGCAAAAAGAUCCUCAACUACGUCAACCAGGCUGUCAAAGAGGCAGAGAAUAAACAGAGGCUAGAGGAGUAUCAAAGAAGGUUGGAUCUCUUGUCACUCAAACAGAGCGAAAACCCCGUGAUCCUGGAGCUGAAGAAUCUGGACCUGACCAAGAGGAAGAUGGUACAUGAGGGACCUCUCUCCUGGAAAGUCAAUAAAGACAAAACGAUUGAGCUGUACACAAUCCUCCUGGAGGACAUUCUGGUUUUACUGCAGAAACAGGACGAGCGUCUGGUCCUCAAGUUCCACGGCAAGAAUCUGGCCAGCGCCACUGACACCAAGCACAUCUUCAGCCCCGUCAUCAAACUCAACACUGUGCUGGUCCGUCCAGUGGCAACUGACAACAAGUCUUUCUUCGUGCUGUCCAUGUCGGAAAACGGGGCUCAGAUCUACGAGCUGAUGGCUCAGACGGUGUCGGACCAGAGAACGUGGCAGUGUCUGAUCACACAACGCGCUGAGGCCAUGAAGGCCAAACCUCACAACAGCGACACACCUCCAGCUCAGUCUGAUGCCGAGCGGGAUGCUAUUGAGAUCAUCAACCGUGGGAUGCCCCGGCCGAGCAAAGAUCCUAACGGGACAUCCAGUGGAGAUAAAGAUGCCACCUCCUCUCCGGAAAUUCAAACUCCACCGGCGAACAUCAACCCCUUCGACGGCAUGAAAUCCGAGGACGAGGAAGAGGAGCUGGCCGUGGCGGACAGACGGGAGGAAGAGGAGGAGGAUGAAGAAGUGGAUGAGGCAGAGCUAGAGGCCUUCCUGGACGGGCAGCUGGCGGACAGACUGCCCUUCCUGCAGCAGGAAGGGUCGCGUCAGGGCAUUGCCAUUGAGAACCAAGAGCCCAGCGCCUUUGGCAUACCCUCCUCCAAAGCUGAAGACGCUCUACGGACAUUGGCGAUGCUGAAACAGGCUCUUUUUAACCACAUGAUGAGCAGAGAGGCAGAGGAGGAGAAAGAGGAGACAGAGCACAACAAGCAGAGGGGGGCCCCUGGGUGUCAGCUGAGCGCCUCCUUGCCCGGGAGCCCCGAGGGGCCUUCCGCCGCAUGUGAUGAGAGCCGAGCAUCCACGAGUGCACAGAAGGACGAGCCACAGCCUCCCCCUGGCCACACGGGGCUGCCCGAGACAGCUGAGCGCAAUGGCGGUUUUGUGGUUCUGGACUUCAGCGCGGGCUCCGAGGAGGGCAGCACUGAUGACGACGGGGGAUUGGGAGGUGAUGUGGGGAUCGACAUGAGGAAGCUGCUGUCCUCCUCCUCGCAGUCAGGGGGCGGCGGCCCCAACCUCAGCCGGCAGCUUAUGACCCACCUACGCCUCCUACAGGCCGACCUGCAGUAUCUGAAGGAGGUGGAAAUGAAGUUCAACGAGCUGCGACAAACACACAGCGACACGGCUACUGACUCAGACGACAACAACGAUGGGAUUCAGUGACGACAGACUUCCCGCUCUCUCGGUCGUGUGAGCCACGUUCACCCCACGAUCGCUUUCUUCUGGACCAGUCCUCAACCACUGAACGGCGGCGUUGCUCAACAAUGGAGGCCUAGUGUCUCGUCUCCCACUUCAGGCACAUAUGACAACCCGUGGCAGACUUUAUUCAUCACGAUCAUUAAAUCCAUCAUUAACUCCAAAUCCUUGGACCGGCAGGGGCCGAUUUGGUCCUGUGAGGAGACACUAUGGAAUGACCUGAGGAUGAUUCCGUCACUUUUUGCUAUGGUAAUAAUAAUCGACUGCAUAAAUUAUCUAAACACUGGAUAUGUGAAAUGGAAAAGGGCGAGUCAAGAGUGUGAAGUCACGCGGGUGCAGAGCAGAGGAAGCGUUCAGAACCGAAAAGGGACGUGAAAGACUGCGACGGUGACCAGAAUGACUCUCUGAGGAUUAAAGUAGAUGGACUUGUUCAGGACUCAGAGGCACUGCUGUAAGCUCGACGUAAAUGUCUGCAAUAAGAGAUGAGCAAAACCUCACGCCACACCCUUGGAUAUGCUUAAAGAUACACCUCCUUAUUUUGUAAGUGCUGAAUCUCCCCUCAACACGCUGAUUGUGUUUUUUAAAUCCAGCAACAUUGAGGAGGAACAGCAAGCCUGACUGCGGCUAAAAAAAUCACCCACUUGCACCUCUGAAUCUCACUACUCAACACGUUACAUAUAUAUCUUUUGUUUAAUUCAUUCAUAAACAGAAAAGUAAAAAAGACAGGUUGUGGUUUUCGGGGGAUUUCCUUGCUAAAAUGAUUUUUACAGCUAACACCAGCUGGGUGCAGUCCCUACAUUUCUGUUUCGGUUCGUAUUAAACGAGGUACAACGUGUUAAUUACUGAGCCUCGGAGGUGCCGGUGAGUGUCCGUUCAACUUUGGACAGAGCCUGGCCAGCUAACGCACCGGCAUGAGAUUAUGCUGCACUCACGCAAUAUUGGCAGAACGGGGAGAAGAGGAAAACCUCGUGUUGUUCCGGCCUCCGGAGCGUUCUAGCCCUGUAGUCACAACAGAUAAAUAUCCUAAGUUAGCUUCUUUUCUUGUGUCACAUUUGUAGCCGUUUGUUAACGGGUGAGCUGUUACUGAGAUGGACCUGCAGGCGAUGGAUGCUCUGCCGCCAUGUUGCCGUCAGUUUGUUGGCAUGUCUGUUGUUCUUUUCACCCAGUGGGAGACAUU